AUGGCUGCCGGCGCUCCCAAGAAAUUCGUCCCUGGAGGCUAUAGGGGUGCGCGAGGACCACCCACUGCAGAUCAAUGGAAUGAAUUCACAGAUGCUGAAAAGGAUAAACGAAGGGGAGAGGAAUGGAUGAAACGUGCGUAUGGGUGGGAUGUGAAUGCCAGGGUCGACGAUAAAUCACCUGAGUUUAGAUGGAUCGGAGAGAGGACUCUGGGCAAAGGCGUUGGGGUUUUCAAAAGAAGAACUUCGCGCGCGGAUUACAAGAGAGUUGUUGUCAAACAAGUAUAUGGCGCUGAAGCAAAGAGGCUAUUGAAGAAGGAUUCCGACUUUCUCAAAACCUUUCACGCCAUUACUAAGGGUGCAUGGAUCGACCACAUUGUUAAACCAGUCAGAUAUUAUGCAGAAGAUGCGGGUACUGGCACCGACGAUACAUUUGAUCCUGUGUAUGUUCACGAGUUCGCUCCAGAGACUGUAGCUAGAUUAUAUACCGAGUACUGCGAAGAAGGAAAUUUCGAUCAGUGGCUGGAAAACAAUUACUUUUCAGAAUACCCAUCGGAGAAUGAUAUAUGGAGUACCAUGGACUGCCUGGCAAAGAUCUGUAUGAUGCUUGAGCAUGGUGAUUCUAGGCGAAGUGUCAGAUGGGGUGAAGACUAUUUCAAAUCAAUCGUUCAUCUUGAUAUAAGACCGGAAAGCAUCUUCUGUACCAAGGAUAUCAAGCAACCAGAUGGACAACAUAGCAACCUCACAAAAUUUAUGCUUGGGAAAUUUGCAAAAGCAGAAGUAAUUCCCCUUGACUAUACCGAUCCAAAAUGGAUGUGGUAUGUCCGUGGACGUGCUGCUCCAGAGUGGGCUACUCCGGAACAGAAAUAUCCUGAUAUGGAAAGACGCAGGAUCGCCGCACCAUGCAACAUAUUUGGAAUAGGUGCCCUAAUAUACUAUAUGAUAAAACGAGAGCCAGUUGGUGAUCGUGCGUGGAAUCUUGCGAUUUCAAACGUGCCCAAGGAUCAAAAAUUCGGUCUUUAUUUUGGAGGGGAUUUGAUAACAGAGCCUAUCUCAACACAACAGAAGUAUUCAAAAACCCUGAUCCGGACAGUCCUUCAAUGUCUCGCAUACCAUCCCGAGAAUCGGAUUGAUGCCUAUGACCUCCAGAAAAGAACUGCUGCGGCGUUGGCCGUAACAGGCCUAAAGAAUUUGCCGGGCGGAACGUUGUAUAAUCCGGGCGAUCCUGCAACCGCUUUUGAGCCUAAAGAAAAGAUUCAGCCCAAUGACCACGAUACCUUUCAGCUAAACAUACAAAGCAAAUCAUGCGACCCUACAUCAGGUAUUCGCCAGACUAUACGAGCCCGAGCAGAAACAUGGUUGAGUAACUUCUGGUUAUUCCCGGAUAGUAAGAAGAGUCAACAGGCAAGGGAUUCACAGAGACUGGAAUAUGAAAGACAAGCUGAGAAAGAGAGGUUAGAUAAGGCAGAAGAAGCAAAGCGCAAGGCCUUAGCUGAUUUGGAGGCCAAACACGCCCAGAAACUUGAGGAUGCCAAGAAGGGAUAUGAAAAGAUGUUAGCUGCGAUAGAAGCGCAGAAAGUGCAGGACGCGGCAGCUAUUGCUGCUCAAUUAGAUCCCCAGGCACUAUUACCUCCGCCUCCUACUAAGCGCGGACGAUCUCCUAGUCCUGUCGAUCAGAAAAAACGCCAAAGGGUCACAUUUUCUCUUCCUGGUGAGGAAAAUAUCCCUAAAACUCCCGUGGUUCAAGACAAAAGCUCUCAGCCGAUAGAUGUUGAUAGUCACAAAGACAACACCGCCGUACAAUUGAAAGGGAAAGAUAAAGAAAAGGAUACUGCUGCGGAUGUAUCCGUAUCACGUCCCACAUCUGAAGUCAUUCCAGGCACAGUAGCGGCUCCUACAUCUGGCAUCGUACCUUCCUCGAUACCAGCUAUUUCAUCAGGAAUCAUUCCAGGAGCAAUAGCAGCUCCUAUAUCUGAAAUCAUACCUUUGAUACAACCAAUAUCAUCGGGAAUCGCCUCAGGAACAAUAGCAGCUCGUGUAUCCGGUAUCACAACUUCUUCUAUACCACCAGUAUCUUCAGGAGUCGCUUCAGGAACAUUAGCAGCUGCUAUAACUGGGCCCGCACUCUCUCCAACGACAUCAACAAUAGUUAGAACCGUUCCAGCAGCAUUAGCCGCCCCGGUGUCUGAACCUCCUACAAUUUCAGGAACCAAAGUGAUCCAACCUGACCCAGAAGUCGCGAGGAGAAGGCAGCGCCAACAACUCGAAGCCGAGAAUGCCAAAGCCGAGGCGAAACGCCGGGAAGAAAAGUGGCGAGUGAUAGACGAAAAAGCGGCACGAGCGAGGAAACUACGACAAGAAAAGGAAGAAGCAGAACUACGACAAAAAAGAGCUAGGGAAGAAGCAGAAUUACAAGAAAAUAUAGAAUAUUUAAGAAAGAGGGAGCGUGCGCGAGGCGGUAUGAUAAGUGAUGAAGCCAAGAAGACCAAGAAUGAGACCCGGAGAUUAAUUGCUCCUUCAAUGGGUGGUGCAGCGAGAGCUCUAUCGAGUGGCAUUAGUUCAAAUGACACACAACCUAGCGCAAUAUCUGAGUAUGAUAUCUAUGAUAAAUCCGAACUCAGGCGCCAGUGGAAUGAACAGAUCGUCGAUCUUGAACCUUUGCCUAACAUAUCCGAUGAUUCUGAUGAUGAUAUUCGGGCGGUAGCUGCUGCAAAACCAGCUACUCGUUCACACACUUCGAGGCUAAAAUCUCCUAGCUCGAGCCCCGAGGUUAUAUCCUCGGGCCCUAUCCAGCGUCCCGCUGCAGCGCCAGCACGGCGCCAGGCACUAAGAGAACGACUGAGAGCUCCACCAGAACUAAAGGCAAAACCAAAACCAAAACUAAAAGGAAAAGGAAAAGGAAAAGCAGAACUAAAAGGAGAACUAAAGGUGCAUUCUGAAUUUUGCCCUCUUUGUGGACAGGGGUAUUCGCAAUCGAAUGCUUGUGCAAAGCAUAUAGAAAAUAGACAUUCGACCUUUUCAGGUGUGAGGCCUAUAUAUCACAAGCCAACACCGGUAGAGGUACAGGAAGAGGUCGAUAAUUGGGUUCGCCGCCAAGCACGUGGCUAUUAG